AUUUCAUUAUCUACCAUAAUGCGGAACAACAUAUUCUCUACGCGGCAUGUAAAAGGAAUGAGGUCCAGAAAUACCAAGCUACCCCCUACAGCAGGUAGGAUCUUGAAGUCAGUGCCAGUGGAUAGGUUGGACCUAGAUAGAGACUUCCGGUUGACAGGGAAUUGAAGAAAAAGAAAAAUCUUUUCAAAUCUAAGACAAAGAAUCAGACCUUUGAAAAUCUCAGCAGAUUUAAAGUCAAAUUUGAGUAACAGUUCAUGGAAAUGGAAAGAAUCAAGAGCUCGAAAUAUGAAAUUUAUUAAUCAAACAAUUGAUAAGAUAAAAAUGGACCACUGGAAAAACCAACUGACAGAUGUUAAACUCAAGCAUAUCGAUACUUUUUCAAGAAAGAUGGCAAAUCCAGUUUCAAAUCUAGCAUUUAAAGUUAAUGAAAGGAUUUCUGAAACAGCAAUGAAGAGAGAUAGUUCUUCAAAUUCCUCUUAUGAUCCAAUAGCAGCAAAAUAAGAGGGCUCAGGUAUCAGUAAUACAAAAGGGUCUCAAAAAGCAAGGAAAUAAGAUUCUAACUGAAGCACCAAGUGUUUUCACAAACAUGGAUGCGAGUACAAAUGUACACACCUUCGAUAACAAAACGAAUGCCACAAUGAAGAAGGAGACUUUUGAUAGAGCUCUAAACUUAGUCAAGAGGAGGUGCAGGUAUAGAAACAAGAAGACAAAAGUGAAAAGUAUCAACCAUUUCUCACCUUCUUCUAAGAACUCUAUUAAUUAUAUCUUACAAGAUGCAUUGAUUAAAGCCCAAAUUCCAAUUCAGGCUAAGAAUGAACCGAGGAAGAUAGAAGCUUAUGAAAAGGUUGGACUCAGAAAGGAUAGAAAAGACUGGAGUUCAUAUAACAGAACCAAGAAUAGGACAACUUAUUCAGUAAAAGAGAGUCAUAUUCCAUAUGAAAUCCUCUUUAAUCCUGAUAUUGACGAAGUGAGAGAUGAAGAAAUGAUUCUCAAUCAGAAAGUCAAACCCAUUACAUUUCAGAUUGAGGAAACAGGAGGUGGCAAAAAUAUUAAAUAUGAAAUCGAAGGAGGUGGGAAAAUGUUCGAAACAAUGGUCGUGAGGCAAAAUGAAGAAGUCUUCUUUAGUUUUCUCAAUGAUUUCAGUACCAAUAAAACUCAGUUAAAGAAGAUGAAGACAAGAAUUGAGCAACUUCAAAGAGCAAAUACUCGAAAAACUAAGGCUACAGUCAAGAGUAUAUCUCCAAUGAAAAUGCUUCAAAACCCUCUAAAAUCCUCUGUUACUCAUAUUAGCCCUUUGAACGUUAAUUCUCCUCAAAUCCAAAGUUGAACAUCAAAAGCUAAGCAUUUACCCAGAGGGGGAUCCUUUCUUUCAGCUGUUUCAAUGAAUUCUGAUGAUAGCGAAGAUUUCGUGUUCAGUCCCAUAAAAGUCACCGCCCCAGAGGCAUCAAAAGGACAAGAAGGGUUUGAAAGAGCUGCUUCAUGAACCGGACAAAUGGGUCCUUAUAAAUUUAAAACGCCAAGGAAAUUUGAAGAAUCUACUAUCUCAAGCCAAAGCCCUUCAAGAAGAUCUUCGAUUCUCUCUCUAAAUCUGGCUGGACCAUUGAUUAAAGAGAGACCAGGAAUGAGCUUUCGAAAAUCAAAAGAUCUUGAGAUUGUGGAUGAAUCUGAUUCUGGAAGUGAUUCAUCAGAUAUCAAAGUUGACGUGAUGGGAAAGGACCAUAAGUUAACGGUCAAACCUCAAAAGAUUGCAAGGAAAUCCCAAUCUAAAGUAGUUAUCUUUAGUCCAGCCUUCAGUAAAGGAGGUGAUAAUUCAGACACAUUCUCUCAUGAUGUAAAGACACCAACUGAGGUUCCUCAAAAGCCUACAUUAGCUCGUAAAAUCUCUAAAAAGAUGACAAUUCAGAAGAAGAGAGGAUUUUAUUCGAAUUUGAAUAAAAAUAAAAGUGUGGGUAUCUCCAAAAUCCAAGAAGAAGUUAAACUUGAAAGGAACCAGAGUGAAAUUAAGAUAAGGAAAGGCGUCAACAAUAAAUUCCGAGUCCAAAUUCCACAGAACAAGAUGUUCAAAUAAGUACCAAACCAUCAUUAAGGAGAUCGGUCAGGGCAGGCAGUCAAAAAUGACCACUAUUAGGGACCAAAGUGUGUACUCUGGUGAAGAGGAUGAUAUGAUUUCUGCGAUAAGUCCUACCAUGGAAGAGAAAAAUGGCAUGUUCUUCUUCGAUAUUGAAAAUCCUAACAAGAUUAUUCAGAGAGUCUUACAGUCUAAGUAAGGACAAGAAGGUCGAGGUUAAAAAGAACAUCAUUGACAACACUCUGAAGCCAAAAUAUGGUGCUAAAUGGUAUAUUCAGCCAAAAGAUUGGUUAAAGAUUUACCAAGAUGAACUUAAACAAAUAAAUCAUGAAGAUGAGAAAAGUCACCAUACAAUCCUAAAGACAAAUUCUACACUACAGAAAUUAAUAGAGAAGCAUAACUUAUCAAAGAACAAGAAGGCUCUGAUAAAGAGGCAGUCAAAGGCAAGCUUCUCAAGUAGUUCUGACUUUGAGUCUAAUUCCAAAGAUUCUAUUGAGAACUUUGAGGACCAAAUGAUGAAGGUGAUUGAUAAAGAUAAAAAAUCGUAAAAUUUUAUUAGGUUGAUCCACAAAUAUCUAAAUCUGAAUACAAUAUUUAACCUA